AUGGAAAUUUUCAUCGAACGAAUUGAGCAAGCCGUUACGUUUGGCAUAGAUGUAUACUCCUUCGAGGUAAAGCCUGAUCAGCCAUUCCAUGGCUUCAAGAGCAUACCUCAAGAACCUCGGAUCCAUGUGGUGCAUUUCCAACACUCUGAAAAUGGUAUGAGAUAUGGAUACUACCUAGAGAGUGAUUCCAAUUACGUUCAGUUUGACUAUGAUCGAGCUAAAGAACUUUACGUUCCACGGAGUCUUGAAAGCGAUCAAGACAGAAAAGAUGCCUACUAUAAGUUUCAAGAAUUGAGUUCCUUCAUGGUUGCGUACCCUUCAGUAGACGAGGGCGACUCAUGGCAAGAAAUGACCAAAUUUGUCAAGUGGUUAGACAUCAAAUACAUCGCUGGAAGUAGCGGGCAAUUUGUGUAUAUGGACUCGGCGAUCACAACGGAGGAAGAAAAGAAGGUGUUGGUGGGCGUUUUAACCAGUCGUGGGCAGGGUUAUCGUGAAAGUUUGCCUGCGCAGUCUGAAGCCAGUCUUAAUUAUGCGCCUAUUGUUUUCAAGUCCAAGGAGGCCAUUCGUGACGACCAUAAGAUGCAGGAUUUUUUGGAUAAGAGUUAUUAUUUGAAUGAAGUUGUUUUGGCUCGUUACCAUCACAGCUCGAUAUACUCCCUACUGGGAGAACUGCAAUUGGCUUUUCUCAACACACUGCUCUUUGGGAGCUACGGGUCGAGCUUGCAAUGGCAUAAUAUCUUGGAAUUGAUAUAUUUCAGUUCCCAGGUUAAGGAAUCGGUCGUUUUCGAAUUGGACUCGAUGUUGGCGGGCCAGCUCAAGGUCCUCCCCGAAUUUUACGUAGACACUAUGUUGAAUGAAACCGUGUGGAGGCGGAUCGUUGGCGAAUCUUUCCACGAGGAUAAGUUGCAGCAGACCUCUGCCGCGGUUCGGAAAAUAUGGCCCAAUCUGGAUGGCGAGAGCGAUGCGGACGACUACGCUGAAGUCACACACCACAAUUUGAGCGACGAAGGCGACGACGAUGCGCCGGUGGUAGGAGAGACCGUGAGCUAUAUACCUAGGUGA